AUGACUUUAUCUAUUGGACAACCAUUCCCCAAGGACGUUACUCUUGCUUAUAUCCCCAUUGACAUUAGUCAACCUGUUGCUGAUGAUGUUCUUGUAUGUGAACGUCCAAUCCCAUUGAGCUUGGAUACUUUGUUUGCCAAAUACCCUGACGGAAACAAGGCAAUUGUUAGUGUUCCUGGUGCCUUUACUCCAACUUGUACCGAGAACCAUAUCCCACCUAUUUUACAACAUUUGGCUGAUUUGAAGAAGGAAAAAAAUAUCGAUGUUGUCAUUAUUCUUAGUGCCAAUGAUCCAUUUGUUAUCAAUGCUUGGGGUAAGUUGUUGGUGAAGGCCAAUGUCACUCCUGGUAAUGCUGAUUACCCCAAGUUGAUCUUUGCUUCAGAUCCUAAUGCCAAAUUCAGUCAAGAUCUGGAAUUGGAGUUUGACGGUACUGCCAUUGGUUUUGGUAUGCGUUCUGCCAGAUAUGCCAUCAUUGUCGGUGCUGAUAAUGUCGUCAAGUAUGUGGCUAAGGAAUCUGGUUCUGGUGUUGAAGUUUCUGGUUACGAAGCCCUUUCUGCUGCCAAAUUAUAA